AAAAAACAUAGAACUGUCUCACUCAAUUGAUUUCCUUUUCCCGAGCCAAUUGCAUUGUCUUUGCUUCUUUGAUACAUUCCUUGAAUUCCUACGCGACUCUAUCAACCCGAGAAAAAGGGGUACCCUCCAUCGCCGAGUGUCGAGUCAACGCCUUAGCGCACGUCAUUGGAAUCGCUUCAGUCCGGUUUUGUAUAUUCAUCCAAGAUGUCUCGCAUGUGGGAGGUCGACCCAGAGACGAGGACAAAGCUCCUCCAAAUCUCCAAGACGAACGGAAACGACAAGUGCUGCGACUGCGGCGCCCCCUCGCCUCAAUGGGCCUCCCCAAAAUUCGGCACAUUCAUCUGCCUCAAUUGCGCCGGCAUCCACCGCGGCCUAGGCGUGCAUAUCUCCUUCGUCCGCUCAAUCACCAUGGACGCCUUUAAGAACGCCGAGAUCCAGCGCAUGGAACUAGGAGGCAACGAGCCCUGGAAGACUUUCUACGACGCCCACCCCAUCCCCGUCUCUGAGGGUCGCACCUUCGAAGACUCCACAAUCAAAGAGCGCUACGACAGUGAAUCCGGCGAGGAGUGGAAGGAGCGCUUAUCGUGUAAGGUCGAGGGCCGCGAAUAUGUCCAAGGCCAGGAGAAGAAGAAUAACGAUAACAAUACGAUGCGGUCGAACACGCCUAUGAGUUUGAGUGGUGCGCGUGCUGGAUCAGGAUCACCGGCUGCGUCGUCUAUUCGUUCUGAUGGACAGCGGGGUGCUGGCGCUGGUGCUAGUGGGGGCAAGAAAGAGCAGAAUGAGGCGUACUUUGCGAAGUUGGGGUCUGAUAAUGCUUCGCGCUCGGAUAAUCUGCCUCCGUCGCAGGGUGGCAAGUUUACUGGGUUUGGGGGUGGUAUGCCUGCGCCGUCUGCUAGUGAGAAGCGGUCUUCGACGUUUGGGGGUUUUGGCGGAUGGGGUGGUGGCGGCGGUCAAUUCGAGGAUCUUCAGAAGGAUCCUAUGGGCACACUCACUAAGGGCUUUGGGUGGUUUACUUCUACUGUUGGGAAGGGUGCUAAGCAGGUUAAUGAUUCUUAUCUGCAGCCUACGGCUAAACAGUUGGCUGAAUCCGACUUUGCGGCUCAAGCGCGUAUUCACGCCUCGACCUUGGGUCAGAAUCUGCAGACUGGAGUGCGCGGUGCGGCUGAUCAGUUCAACAAAUUCGUCGAAGGGGACGAUGGACGAGGUGAAUACCAACGCACUCGCGUGGAACCUGAACGCCGGGAUUUCUGGGAUGAUUUCUCGUCUCUAGGCUCGCAGGAGCCGGCCGGCCAUCGCCGCAGUGGAUCACAACGGUCUCAACGAUCUGAUGUUGUUGGUACUGCUGCUCUCCGGAAGGGCCCUACGACGUCGUCGUUGGCUAACUCAACGCCUGCUUCUGCUGGUGCUGAACAUGGAGAUGGUACUACAGCUGCAUCGACCGGUAAAGGGAAGGACGAAUGGGAUGAUAACUGGUAGUAUCUAGGCAUCUAGGAGCAUUUGUUUCUAUUUGUUUGUGGGCUGGUUUGUGGGUACCAUGUCGUUAUGCCUGGUGUUGUUAUUCUUCUUAUUUGUGUCUCUACUCUUUACUUGCC